GUGACACGACUUUCCCAAUCAGCUGGCUAUCUAUCCGUUGUUGUGGUAAAUUUUUGGUACCGACUCACGCGUGAUACACCGAAUAAAGUACCGCGAACCUGACUUAGCAUUUUACGGUUAUUUAUAAUCGUUAUUUAAGGAGCCUCGUAUUAUUCCGACAGUUUAUAUAGGCGCGACACGUGUUUUAUACAGUGCGUACACGCGAGGAUUGAACAUGCCUCAGUACACAGUUAAAGUUAAGUGGGGCAAGGAACUCUUUUCCAAUGUGGAGGUUAAUACCGAGGAGGAGCCAAUGUUAUUCAAGGCGCAGCUUUUCGCCCUGACUGGAGUGCAACCGGAGCGACAGAAAGUUAUGCUCAAAGGGAUGACGCUCAAGGACGAUGAUUGGGGCAAUCUUAAACUGAAGGAUGGUGUCACGGUGCUCAUGAUGGGUUCCAAGGAGGAGGACGUGCCGACAGAGCCGACGGAGAAGCCAGUAUUCCUGGAGGACAUGAACGAGGCCGAACUGGCGACGGCUUUAGAUCUGCCGGCCGGUCUACUCAAUCUCGGCAACACGUGCUAUCUAAAUGCGACGGUGCAAUGCCUGAAGACCGUGCCGGAGCUGCGAGAGGCCCUGAAAAUCUUCCCAGGUGGUUGGGCGGCGGCUGCGAGUCUGUCGUUACCCGCGCAGAGUAUCACCGCCGCAUUGAGGGACUUGUACGACAAUAUGGACAAGGGAACGUCCAGGGCGCCGCUCGUGCUGGUUCAGAUGUUGCAUUUAGCCUUCCCAAGAUUCGCGGAGAAGACCGAGCAGGGCGUGUUCCAGCAGCAGGACGCGAACGAGUGCUGGAUGGAAUUGAUCAGGAUGCUGCAGCAAAAGUUACCCGCCACGAGCAAUCCGGAUACGUCGGAAGAAGACACGGAAGCCUCGAAGCCGAAACGCUCGUUUAUCGAACAAUAUUUCGGAGGUAUAUUCGAUUACGAAUUGAAGUGCGUCGAGUCCGACGACGAGCCGGCGACUACCGGGAAGGAAGAAUUCCUGCAAUUGAGCUGCUUCAUUUCCACCGACGUCAAGCACAUGUAUUUCGGGCUUAGGAACAAGACGCAGGAGCAGAUUACGAAGAUGUCGUCGACGCUUGGCAGGAAUGCCGUCUAUACAAAAACGUCAAAAAUCAGCAGGUUACCGGCGUACCUGACCAUCCAGUUCGUACGAUUUUAUUACAAGGAAAAGGAAGCGAUUAACGCAAAAAUUUUGAAAGACGUCAAGUUCCCCCUGGAGUUCGACGCGUUCGAACUGUGCAGUCCCGAGCUGCAGAACAAGCUCGUGCCGAUGCGCGAGAAGUUCAAAGAGUACGAGGACACUCUGGUGGAGGAAUCCUGCAACGCGAUGGCUAAGAAGGACAAAGGCGAUAACACGAGGAAGAAGAAGAAGCAGGAGCCUUUCUGGUUCAAGAACGAUUUGGGAUCGAACAACAGCGGCUACUACGAGCUGCAGGCGGUCCUCACGCACAGGGGACGUUCGAGCAGCAGCGGCCACUACGUCAGCUGGAUCCGGCAGAAGGGCGACACGUGGAUGAAGUGCGACGACGACGUCGUUACCGCCGUCACCAGCGAGGAAGUGCUGAAGCUCAGCGGCGGCGGCGACUGGCACUGCGCGUACGUCCUCUUGUACGGGCCGAGGAUCUUGGAGGUGGACGACGACACGGAGGAGAAUUUGGCCGAGACGAACAGCAUCACCGAAGCUUAACUGCCAAAUAAUUGCUUUAAAAUAUAAAAUUUACGUUAGGGAGGACGAAGAGAAAUUGUCGGUGUUGCUGGCUCUCCAUAUGGGUAUCUACUUGUUUUUAUACCGAUUAAUAUGACGGUAUCGUCGGAGCAUCGUUGUUACUAUUGAUGUGCCAUGACGUCAUCGCGCAUACCCUGUUUGUGACUCGAAUGAUUUCACUGGUGUCGGAGAGGGCAGCUCGUCAUCUGUAAUCCCUUGGGUGAAGCCGGAAGUAAAUGAGUUGAGGGUGAUUGUGAACGUAAAGAGUGAUUAGGAAUCAGUUGCUAAUUGCCCGCGUAUCCCUUGCAACCUGCAGCCAACGGGAGACUCUACGCGGGGAGUAUAUUACUGUAUGCAUAAUUCAAGUACACCGAACAAUGAGAAAUGAUAUCGCUGUUAUUUAUUGUUUGUCUACUGAGAUUGUGUAUCGAUACCGCCGCGGGACUAUUUUACAUUCGAGAGUAAGAAAGAGUGGACUAUGGAACAAAAGCACCUGAUUUUAAUGAAAGAGUAUGAUGACAUAACGUUCUUUUAUAAUUGCAAUAAAAUUAUACAUAUUCGAAGGCCACUUGAUUCAUUGCUCAUACGUUUCAUGUAAUAUAUUAUUUUACAUUCAUUGUAAAUAAAAAUUGCAAAGACAA